AUUUAAUUAGUUUCUAUCAAGAAACCAACUCACUAUUUAAGUAAAUGAACAUUAAACUAAACAUAAUUUAAAUAACAAUUAAUUUAUGUUAAAUAAACAAUAAUUUGAGGAAUAAAUUUUUUAAUUAAAUUUUGUUUUUAAAAUUAUCUCCAAGCUAAUUGCAAGACAGGACAAAUUAAUAGUCACACAGUAAUCAAAUUCAUCAAUACUGAAUUCGAUUAAUGAAUGGUUUACUUUGAAAACUAAGUGAACGUUUACACGUCUGUUAUUAUUUUAUAAUACCAUUUCGAAUAAUUUAAAACAAUGAUCAUACUAUCAAUGAAAGGAAGCUACAAUCAUUUGUUGAUGUUACUAUCAUUGACAAUUUAUGUGUCUAGGCAAUCAACAGUCAGUUCAGCUGUAGAACGCGGUAAUGAUUGUCCAGAAAGUCAACCUUGGCCUUGUCGAACACCUAGAAUAUGUUUAUCUUUUGAUUUUAUUUGUGAUGGAGAACCAGAUUGUCCAGAUGAAUAUGAUGAAGAUCCUGAAAUGUGUACGGCAAAGUUAAGGCCAGCACAAGAACAUUUAGCUGGAUUUAUACAUCGUUAUCAAAACUGGCUAGUACCAAAGUUCUUAGGAUAUGGAACGCCGGAAGAAUUAGCUGCCAAACUUGUUGAAAGUAAAACAGUAUCAGAUUAUGCAAGAGCAGCAAAAUUAAAUGAAACACAAUUAAAAAAUUUAAUUCAAUUAAUGGAAGGUGUAAAAUCUGGUAAAGAAAUGGAAUUAUUUUUAUUGGGUAUGCCAUUAGGUGCAUGGAGUGAAUUAUAUACAUUAUUUCAUCGUAUUUAUAUUAGUGGAUUUUUAGAUAAUUUAGAACCAGCUGAUAAUUUUCAAUCAUUAAAUCGUCAACAAAAAGAAGAAUUUUGGAAAAAUCAUAUUUAUCAACAAGUUAAACGAUUUCUUUAUUAAUAUUAUUUUAUUGAGAAUAGAAAAAAAGAAAACAUAAAUAUUUUUUUUUGUUUACAAAAUGAUUUUACUAUCAUAAUAUGCAUGAAUUUAAAUAACAAUGGUAACUAUAUAUUGAUUAAUAAGAAUGAUAUUUGCAAUAAAUCUGAUUGAUUAAAAUAAACAAUACACAAAAAGAAAUGUAUUAUA